UGAACUUUUGCGGACGAGCGGCGGAAGUCGAAGCGUCCGCGUGCAGUGACCGUUGGACUGGAAGAAUCCCGACCGCGUUUUCAGCGACCGCAUCGGACCCUUUGACUUUCCCUCGUUGUCUUUCUUGUCAAGGCGCGCGCUCACCAUGUCGUCGGCGGAGAAGCGCACGAUCGCGAUGGCCAAAGACGCCGUCCGGUCCGUCCACGUUUGCAGUUCUCUGUCGGACCAGAUCCGCUUCUACGACGGAUGGGCCCAAACCUACGAGCAGGAUGUCGAACUGAUUGAGUUCCGUGCCCCCGCCCUGGCGGCGGAACGAGUCUCCGCCCAUUUCGGCGGCGACCGGAGAGCGGCGGCGGUGUUGGACGUGGCCUGUGGCACGGGCAUGGCGGCCAAGAUGAUGAAGCGGGAGGGGUUCCAGAACUUCGUGGGCGUGGACUGCAGCGCGGGGAUGAUGGCGCGCGCCCGGCAAAGCGGGCUGUACCGGGACCUCAAGACGGCCGUGCUCGGAGACCAGCCGCUGCCCGUCCCGUCAGGUGAAUUUCAAUUAGUGGUCAUUUCCGGGGGUCUGAGCCCGACCCACGUUCCGGCAAAGGCGAUCCGGGAGCUGUGCCGUGCGGCCGCGCAGGGAGGCCUCGUUUGCAUGACCACCAGGAGCACCAGCAACGUCGACUACAAGGCGGCGCUGGAGGGCGAGAUGAAGCGGAUGGAGGAUGAGGGACUGUGGCGCCGCGUCGACGUGACCCACGUGGCCGAGUGGGAGCGAGGGGUGACCGAGGACGAGAUGGGAUACGUCACCGGGUGUGUUUACGUCUUCCGGAAGCUCUGAAAGCGCUCAGUGAUGUGCGGUUGGGGUCGUGAUCGGCGAGGCGCAGCGGAAUCAGAACCCCAAACAGAAGAUCGGCCUAUAUUUCAAAUUUGACCUCAUUUGAAACAAUUAGAUUAAUUGGGGACUCGAAAUUGCCCCGAAGUGCGAUUGUGAGCGUGAUUGUCGUCUGUCUCCGUGUGCCCCGCGAUUGGCCGGCGACCAGUUCAGGGUGCACACCGCCUCCUGCCCAAUUACGGCUGGGAUUGUCACAUGACUUCUGGAGCUCUCAGAACCUCCACUCUUAACGCUGCUACGUGCUUUUUGUGGCACGGUCCAUAGCGGACUCCACUGUGGAAUUUUAGUUGAGCAUUUUUUGGUCAAUAUGAAAGACUAAAUGUCACAUACUUUCAUUCAAUAUAUUCCACAGUAUGUCAAACAUCACUAAGAGCCAUACAUGUGUGAUAAACACUGAUAUUAAAAAAAAACGGGCUAGCAUAAACAUCGAGCAGUCUGUCGAUCGGGGCGCCAUCUUGGUACUCCCAAAACGUGGAGAAGACACAAUUUACAGGGGGGGGGUUCCCUCAAAAGUUUGGCACGUAGAGUUAAAAGUUGACUGACGGUUGAGUGAGUUUGACAUUUUUUCAGUUAAGGUAACAUGAAGGAUUUUUUUGUUAAGACAAAAAAGGCAAAGUGCAAAGGAAAGUGGCCGAUGAGCCAUCCAGUCUUUUUUAAAAAAAUUUUUUUUUUUUUGUAUAUUAUCGGCAAUGCAAUGAGGAAACACGAACGUCUCUUGUGUGAAGCCACGGACCAAUCGCACGUUGCCUGAGUGGGUGUGGGGCGUAGUCUCUCGAAGCAUCGAUUUGAACAAGAAAUAUGAAAAUUCAGCUAUUUUAGUGAGUACAUAAUUGAAAUAUCGGAUCGAAACAGAAAUCCCAUGUAAAGCACGGAUCAUAGAACUACAAUGGAACAAAUUUAUGUAUGCGAUAUUCACAUGCAGUGGAAUUCUCUGAACCAGACCACCAGGGGGCAGUGUGGCCCCGCUUCCCUUGCUGAGCCUCACCGCAUGUCACUGACUCGCGCAGGUGCACGCACAGGAGAAAACUGUAGUACAGCUUUAAGAGUACUUUACAGUACCACGUCUGGGUUGUGGUGACUGCGACGCAGUGCAUGACUAAAUGUCUUCGCUAUGAACUCGAGUUGUCCCUCAUUUUUAUGAUUAUCAUUCACGCACUUGACGGGCAUGCACGUGACUCACCUUGAGCUGCUGCCAAUCCAUAUAAGUAACGGUCUAUAAAGUAUACAUCUGUGUUGUGCUUUACAGCAGUACUUUUAUUAGUACAUUUACAUAGUGAAUGUUCGUGAGAAAUGUACUCGUCUCAAAUGCCAGGAGGGGGAAAAAAUUUGGGCGUUUUCUACUCCAAUAAUCUUGCAAACCCGAUAAAAGGACAUUUAUGAUUAUGAAAAAAAAAUAUGAUUGUAUGGAACCUGUCGGAAAACACUAAUGUCUUCAUACCUCCUGGUUUUAUAAUAUUUGUGAUUCGUAUCACGACUUUGUAUACGUUAUGUACAGCUUUUGCGACUUUUUCUUUGGUGGCGUGCCAAGAGCUUUUUCUCAUCGAUUAAUAUUUGAUAUUAAUAUUUUUAUGAUUAUCUGGACUGAACUCCAUGUACAGUUUUCCUCCAGAGGUCAAAAUAUGAAGUACAUUAAACCGGCUCC